UUGCUCACUAUUUUUAAGCAACAAAUUACGAUUGUUCGUGCUGCUGACGUGAAAAGAAUUUAUUUCAAUAUCUUGUAGAAGUACCUAACAGUUGCGUAAGUGUAACGAAUACGUUGAUAUGCUACAUAUAAAAAUACAUACCUACCUUUACCUAUAGUUCUAUAACAUAUUACUUAUGGUUAGUAUUGUUUGUGAUCGAUUGAUAACACGUUUUGCUGAGCAUGUUACACGGCGACACGUUAGAAAUAGAUGCCUAUGAAGAAUAUAAAUUACUUAAGUACUUCAUUGAUACAACCAGUGAUAAAGUGAACUUUUAGUGCAACAUUAUUCGUCAGAAUCAAUAGCUAACUACUGAAAGAUGGAAUGGGUUAAUAAAAAAAAAGCAUGAUUCGCGUAAAAUGCACCAUAUAAACAAGAAUGCAGCAAACAUAAACACAAAAAACUAUUAAGUACUUACUAUUAAUUUUAUGACUACUAUUUCCACCAAAAAUUGAUUUUGAAGGAAGGCAUUUCUAAUGUAUUCGGGACGACUUUAUUAAGACUUAAAUAAACGAUCACAUUGCGUAGCCGUAUUCGUUUUACCGCUUCGGUUCUUAUCGGUGUUUAAUAAACUCAAAACGGCAUACCUACAUCGCUGUAAAAUUGGCUAAACAUAAUUUAUACCUGAAGAACACUCCAAAAAGAAACUGGAAGAAAAGCAACGUGUUGAUGUGUGGUGAUACACUUCGGUUAACGAACUGGACCAUCUUCAUGGCGAGUUAAUUACCAUUGAUUGGUGUGCAUGGUCGGCAACUAUCACGGCUAGUCCUGGCUCACAGUGCGUCUGGGAUCCGACAGUGGCACAUCAAUCACGAGAUCACCAUCAUCAACACAUGUAAACAAAACGGUCGGUCCCGCUUUGUUACCGUCUCAUUGUGAUUAAUGUCUCAGCUCUUGAGACUAUAGCGCCGUGGAAAUGGAAAAACAACAAGUAACAUAUUUCAAUAAUCCAAUUCUUCCAUACAAAAUUGUGAUCUCUACAUUGUUAAUAAUAUGCUAUUAUGGUACUUUUACGUCAGCGACGCCGAACACAUUCAAUGCAAAUAGAACAAGUGUUCAAAAUGAGACCGUGAUUAGCCAGCUGUUCCAUUGGGAGGACUACAGCGUCCUUGCCACCAUGCUGGUCGUGUCCUGCGCGAUUGGUGUCUUUUACGGAUAUUUUGGAGAAAAACAGACAACCAGCGACGACUUCCUACUCGGAGGUUCCUCUAUGGGCACAUUUCCUAUGGCCUUAAGUCUUGCUGCAAGUUUCAUAACCGCUAUAGAGUUAUUAGGAAACCCAGCAGAGAUGUAUAUCGGAGGUGCUCAAUUUUGGAUGAUUUGCGUUUGCUUCAUACUAGUGGCGCCCAUCACAAGCCAACUUUACCUCCCAGUGUUUAUGAGACUGCGUUUGACUUCUUGUUACGAGUACUUGGAAGUGCGGUUCUGCAAGUCGAUCCGCGUGUUCGCGAGCGCCCUGUAUAUGUUACAGAUGAUACUCUACACGGCAGUGGCUGUAUAUGCUCCGGCACUUGCGCUCUCUGACGUGACGGGAUUGAACACCUACCUUGCAGUUACUAUAGUGUACGUCGUGUGCAUAUUUUAUGCCUCACAAGGUGGCAUGAAGGCAGUGAUAAUGACGGACACGUUCCAGUCAGCGGUGCUGAUCGGCUCGCUGGCUGUGGUGCUGGGCAUGGGCGCCGCUCGCGUCGGCGGUAUGGACAUCGUUUGGGCCCAUGCAAGGGAGUCCAACAGACUGCAUUUCUUCGACAUGAAUCCAGACCCAACAGUACGGCACUCUUUCUGGUCAGUGGUCGUGGGAGGCACCAUGUAUUGGACGAGCAUGUUCUGCGCAAACCAAGCCUCGGUGCAGAAAUACCUGUCAGUAGAGCGCAUCUCGCAGGCGCGAGUAGCUCUUUGGGUAUCGGCCCUCGGCCUCUUCGCGGUCUACUCCAUCAAUUUCGUCACCGGCGCUGUUCUGGCAACACAUUAUGCUAACUGCGAUCCAAUUCAGGCGCGGCAGAUCAACGGCUCGGACCGGCUCCUGCCGCUGUACGUCGUCCAGCAGCUCAGCGAUGCACGCGGCGUUCCCGGCUUUUUCGUGGCCGGCAUCUUCGCCGCCAGCCUUGGGACCGUAGCCUCAACUUUAAAUUCUUUAGCGGCUAUUGCGUGCCAAGAUCUAGCCACCGGACUUUUAGGCAUACGUCUACCAGAAAACAAGGGAGCGGCAAUUGCCCGAUGGGUAUGCCUCGGGUGCGGCGCGGUGUCGUUCGCGCUGACGUUCGCGGUGGAGCGGCUCGGGCCGGUGCUGCAGCUGGCGCUGUCCUUCAACGGUAUGGCGGGCGGCGUGACGCUCGGGCUGUUUACGCUCGGCAUGCUGUUCCCCUGGGCCAACGCUAAGGGCGCCGUCGCCGGCGGGGUGUUCGGGCUGCUGGUCGUACUGGCGGCGUGCGGCGGCGCGCAGCUCUCGCAGGUGACUCCGCACCAUCUGCAGACUUCCGUCGAAGGCUGCCCCGCUUCCUACAACCUCACCGAGACUGUCAAUCCUGCAAACCAACACGAAGAAUCAGUAUUCUGGUUGUUCCGAGUAUCGUACCUGUGGUACUCCGGGCUGGGGUCGAUGGCCACGCUGUUCAUGGGGCUGCUGGUGUCCGCUAUCACGGGUGCCACUGACCCCACGCAGGUUCCUAUAGACCUCAUCUCCCCUCCCGUCAUCACACUGCUCAACAAGUUACCAAAAAAAGCAAAGUCAAUACUGCGUCUCCCGGCGCGCCUGGGGUCGGAGAGGCGGCGCAGCUCGAGCGUGCGGCCGCCGAGUAUGGCCGACGACAAGGACACGCGGCGCCGGCGCAGGCUGUCCGAGCUCGCGGGCGGCGUGUUCUACAGCGACGCCGGCCUCGUCUACGGACACGACAACCUCGCGCUCGCCCACGCCACUAAAGAGCCGGAGGAUUACAACCCGAACCAUUGCCCUUAAAAUCACAGACAUUGAUUGCAUUUGCUUCUUUUUUGUAUAAGUAGGACAUCGGUGAGAACGUCGCCUAGGAGACCUUCAAUUUUGUAAGCUAUUGGUCACCCAGCCAGCUUUGAAGACAGUUAAUAGACUUCGAUUGUGCUCGUGGAAUGAGAUUAUGUGGGUGCAAUAUACUACCAUGACUACCGUACAAUAGGUCAGCCAUGGGUUAGCCAAAGAAAUCACCGUUAAGUUUUAGAAUAAAAUAGAACAGAAAUGGUUUAUUGUAUUUUAUAAAUAAUGAAGUCGUUAUGUGCGGAUAAUUUUAACUAAUAUAGAUAGUAUAGACUUUUAACCUUAUUUUUUUAGGUAUUAACUAAUGCAGCGCCUUAUUAAUUAAUUUACAAGUCAUUGCCUUAUCCGUAGCAUUGUCUGUACCUAUCUAAUUAUACCGAUUUGUUGAGAUUGUAUAUAAAUAAGUAAUAUAGAAUAUACCUGUGCCCUGAUUCAUAUUUGCUGUGUCGAUAUCAAAAGUAAGUAGCUAAAUUAUUAAAUUAGGCCAUAUAUU